GAGAGGGCUGGCGAGUGUUGUCGCUCGCUCGUCUUUUCCCCAUGGAAUCAGGGGAGGAAGAUCACGAUGCCGUCUGUGCGGAUGUCGCGAACGGCGAUAACACGUGCGAAGUGCACGAAACUGGUAACGAUGACGAAGUCGAUGACGACGAGCUGGACGAUCUUCUCGAGUCGUCGUUCCAGGAGCACUGCCGCGACAAGCUAGCCACCAAAGAUUCCAAUCUAGCCGUUAAAAAUUCCAAUCCUACCAUCGAUAGGUCAACCGCAUGCCGCAUCGCCACAAAUGGUCCAAGACUCCAAUCUGGCGUCCACAACAUAGAUACCAUCCCGGCCCGUAUUCUUGUGACGAGUGCAGUUGGGCUCGGUUCUGGGCGUCACGGUGGCAGUAUAGGAUUGGUAGAUGGGCGUAGCGUGCAAGACACGCCAGGUUUCGCCGCUGCUAAGAGUAAACCACGGGGAGUUUUCUCUGGUCCUACUGCUGCUGUUCCUGGUGCUGGUGGUGAUUCUGGUACUGCUGUUGCUGCUGCUGCUUCUAGCGCUGCUGCUUCUAGCGCUGCUGCUGCUGCUGUCGACAACAGAGCAAUAUGGUCGAAAUCCUUUCCUUCUGAUUCGGCGUUGACCGCGUCUGUUGACGCGCCUUCCGAGAAUCUGGACCGUCCAAAGAUCUCCUUCGCAUUUCCCGGAUGGGUGGUCGAGAUCAGCCGGCCGAAAGAAUCGACGGUCGUGAUGGACAGCGCGAGCGGGGCGCGAAGGGGGGAGAAGAAUAGAAGGGGAGAGAAGCGAAAGAGAAGGGCCAGGGAAGCACCAGAGGGGACGGAGGAGGGGAAAGAGAAGGAGGGGUUGGAGAGGGAAGAGGAGGAGGAGAGAGAGGAGAGGGAGGAGAGGGAGGAGAGGGAGGAGAGAGAGCGAGCAUGGAUGGGUGUGGAGUUAGGGGGCAAGGUCCCUCUGCUUUCCCUUCCUCAGGAGAUUCUGAUAAUGCUUUGUGCCAGGGUUUCCUGGCGAGACUUAUGCACGCUUAGGGUUACAUCUAAAAGCGUACGGGAUCAACUGGAGAGAGAUGACAUCUGGGCGGCGGCAGCAGCAGAGGCGAGCAGACAGGGCGACAUAAAAAUGCCCAGAGCACGGAAAACCUUUGCAGGUUUGGGAACUGUGAUUAGCGGGCAGGCGUUAAGCGGGGAGGCGUUAAGCGGGCAGGCGUUAAGCGGGCAGACGAUAAGCGGGCAGGCAUUAAGCGGGAGCAGGCGGGCGCUAGGCGGGGAGACGAUAGGCGGGCAGGCGAUAAGUGGAGGAGACGCAAUAAACACUAGUGGGGGAGAUGAGGGCAUCAUAGGGGAGGGCGCAGCAGAGGCGUGGUGGCAGCAGCACCUGCAGGCGCUGCAGCAGCAGCAGGCAGGCAUGCCCAUGCACUCCCUGUUCAAGGCACUGGUGCUGUCAUCUCGCAUCAGGGAGAAGCUGCACGUGCUGUCGCCUGCCUUUGACUUCCUUCAAAGCACGUUGGACAGGUGGUGGGCAGAUGAGCGGGACCGGCAUGAGAAGUUGGGCGGGCAGGGGCAGGAUCGUUGGGCGAGUGACCCAGUAGUGAAGGGGGCUGUUAGGGAAGGUAGGGAAAGGAGGAAGAGUAGCAGCAGUGGGAGUUGUGGAAGGCGGGGUUUGAGAGGUGGGCGUGGAGGAAGGUGGGUUGUUGGCAAUGUGAGGGAGGCAGAAGGAGAGAACUAUAACGCGGAUGGAAGCAGAAGGGGCAGAGAAAGGGGUUGUGGUGAUAGGAUGAGAUGGAUUCGGGCAGCAGCGAACACAACUGAGGCAGAGGCAGAGGCAGAGGCAGAGGCAGCAGCCACAGCAGCAGCAGUGCGUUUCUCACAGUCCGUAGCAGGGGAGGCAGCAGGUGAAUCAGCAGCUGCUGCUGCAGCGGAUGCAGUUCAAACAAAGGCAGGGACAGCAGCAAACACAGCUGCAGCAAAUCUACCAGAGCCUGGAGGUGAAGCAGCAUGUGAAGCAGCAGGUGAAGCAGCGAAUACAGCUGAGGCUGAGGUAGUGGCAGCAGCCGCAGCCCCAGCAGAGCAUUUGUCACAGUCAGUAGCAGAAGACGCGGCAGCAGAAGCAGCAGCUGCAGCCGCAUCUCUUCUGGCCGAAGCUCUUCUGGACUAUCCCCUGCUGUCGCUGCUGCCCUUUGUGCGCGAUGGUGGGGCAAAGGAGGGGGACGAGGGGGCGGAGGAGGAUGGGGGGGACGAUGAGGAGGGGGAUGGGGAGGAUGAAGAGGAAGAGGAGGGGGAAGAGGGGGAAGAGGGAGAAGAGGGGGAAGAGGGGGAAGAGGAUGGAGAAGAGGGGGAAGAGGAAGAGGAGGGAGAGGAGGAUGAGGAAGCAGAGGACACGGAUGAGAGAGAGGAGGACUCAGCGCCACAGGAGGAGGAUGAGAUGGAUCUGAGUAACGUGCAGGCGCAUGACUCGGACGCUGUGAGGAGAGCGCUGAAGAAACUCACCAAUUACAACUGGGCCGUGGUGUAUGAGGCUCUGGCCGUGGUGUUUGGCGUGAGGACGGAGAGGAUAGCAUGGGAAGUGAUUAAAGGGGCAGAUGAGAAGUGGGCCAUAGGGAUGGGGGCCGGGGAGAGGAAAAAGUUUGAGUGGCAAGGAGGGAAAGGGGCUGGGGGGGAAGAAGAGGAGAAGAGGAAAGAAGGAUUGGUGAUGCGGGGUGAGGAGGUUGAGGGUGAGGUGAGGCGUGAGGGCGGAGGGAGUGAGGGUGGAGAGAGUGGGUGGGUUGAGAUGCGUGAGAGAGAUGCAAGGGGGGGAGCACUGGCAGAAGGAGGGGAGGAAGGAAUAGGAAGAAGGGGAAAGGGAGAGGGGAGAGUAGUGGGUGGAGGGGGAGGAGGAGAAGGAGACAGAGUAGGAGGGAGUGGAGGAGAGGAAGUAAAGAAGGAUGAGGAGUGGGAGGAGUGGGAUAGGGAGUGGGCAAUCGAAGAUGCGGAGAAAGUGGGCCGCCUGCUGGUUGGAGGAAAGAGGAAGAGGGGAGGGGGUGAAGGCAAGGAAGCGAAUGAAGGGAGGGGCGUGAGUGAUGGGAGGGGGAUGAAGUUACGGCGUGAAGGGGGAAUUUGGGGUGAGGUGGCAGCUGCAACGGGGAAGAGGGCUACUGUGAACGGUUUUGAAGGGAGCCAGGAAGGGUCGCUUGAUCCCGAAGUACCAGGUGAACUGCACCAAAGGGAACCACGACAGAUGGAGGCUAAAGAGAAAAGAAGUGAGGAGCGGAGUGAAUGGAAGAAGCAGCGAGUGGGUGCCUUGGGCGUCACUCCUGCCUCUUUUGCUGGUAAUGGAUCAGCUAGUAGUAACGCGCUCCCAUGGAAGCCCGCUACCUGCUCCAGUACCGGAGAAGCUAGUUACGCGGAUAGGGAGCUUUCAGCGCCUAGCAAGGCACAGACGAAGGUUGAAGUGGCGGUGAAUCUGUGGGAGUGCCUGCUGCAGCGGUGGGUGGUGUACAGGAGGUGGCUCAAGCUAGUGGCGCUGCACUGCCCGAAUUUGCAGUUCGAAGUGAUGAUCGAGCGAGCGAGGUCGAACCAUCACUCGGCCACUCCAACAGUCUACGACAAGGGCCUCAUCAGCUUCAGGAGCAACGUCCUUUUGGCCUUUGGCCUGCGUCGUCGGUUUCAAGAGUCGCUUCUUGCUCUCAUUGAUGCUGCCCAUGCUGCUUUUUACGCCCCUGCACGCCCCGCUUCGGCUUCAAGUGUCCCCGCAACUGCUGCUGAAACUGCUCACCUGAUCGUGCUGCUGCAGCAGAUUAAGCAUCUCUUUCAGGAGCUGGACGUUGCAGAUGAUGCCACCCUCCCUCUUGUCACGCACACUCAGGGCAAGUUCCGGCGCUGCUUCUGCACCCUGCUUAAGAAAGAACUGCCACCUGGCCUCUUAACUAGGCGCCGCCGGCCCUCGGCCGCACACUCUGCUGUUGCUGUUCGCUCUGAUGCUGCCGGCGGUGCGUAUGCUGGUACACAGAUGGCCUCGGGUCAUAAUAAUGGGGAUAACAGAGGUAUUUGCAGUGAGCCAGUGGGCAGUUGGUCUAGGAGUAGCCGCUGCAGGCGGUACAAGUUAUUCCUAUCAAAGCGAAGGGGGUUACAGAAAGUAUAUGGAAAUUCGAAGUAUUGAGUGUUAUGUGUAAAAACGGAUUGGCUUGCAAUGCAGAAUGUG